CUUUCCAUUUUUGGGGGGUUUUCAAGAUUUCCCCCUUUCUCAUUGUUUCAGAUCUCGAUUUCGAUUUCUGUGGUGGGUGUGUACACCAUUAUUUUGUCUGCUAUGAACCACUGAAUUAUAUCAGUGUCACUCUUUUCUUCUUUUUUUUUUCUGCAUUAUUUCGAACACCAUUAUUUUCAUAAUUUUUUUUUUUAAAUUUUUAAAAGCUGGGAUUUUGGUUUUUUUUUCUUUAAAUAAUAAAAAAGACAGAUUCCUCUUGCUGAGAAGGUGGCUAAUUUGUUUCAAGAAAAGAAAAAGAUAUUCUGAUUCCCUCAAGAACAACAAAAAAAUGCUUCUUGAUUUAACACUCAUAAUGCCACCAUUCUAAAGCUUACACCUUUCAACAUUUUCUUGGUUUCUUCCUUUCUUUCUUUCCUUCCAACAUUUUUUCUUGGAUGAAUUGGGAUAUGGAGAUUCUGCCAAAUCCAAGCUGGUUAGCUGCUGCAGAGAGCUGCAAAAGUCCUACAAAAUGGACCCAGGCCGAGAACAAAGCCUUCGAGAACGCGCUGGCGUUGUACGACAAGGACACGCCGGACCGGUGGGAGAAGGUGGCGGAGAUGGUCCCCGGGAAGACGGUGGCUGACGUGAUUUCGCAGUACAGAGAAUUGGAAGAGGAUGUUAGCUGCAUAGAGGCUGGGUUGAUGGAUUCGCCUCCCCUUGCUCCCCCUUCCACCUCCCCCUUCACCCUAGACUAUUGGGGAGGUGGUGGCGGCGGGGGGUUCAAUCCACCAGGGCGUUCUUUCCCCGUUGGCGGGAAAAGACCGCCCUCCAAUCGAACGCCCGAGCAAGAAAGGAAGAAAGGCGUUCCAUGGACGGAAGAAGAACACAGGUUGUUCUUAAUGGGUCUAAAGAAGUAUGGAAAAGGAGAUUGGAGAAACAUUUCUAGGAAUUUUGUGAUAAGCAGGACACCAACACAAGUGGCCAGCCAUGCCCAAAAAUACUUCAUUAGGCAACUCUCAGGUGGCAAAGACAAGAGAAGGGCCAGCAUUCACGACAUCACCACCGUGAACGUCAGCGAAGAACAAAUCCGGUCACCGGAAAACAAGAAACCGGUGGCGGCUUCGCCAGAUCCCCAGCAGACAAACUCUGGUGUCCAGAAAAUGCCCUUUCAGUGGAAUAAUAAUGGGGGAGUCAUGGGAAGUUUCAGCACAGGUCAGGGCAACUUUUUUGGGACCUCCCCUUAUGGUGUAGGGUCCUUUGACAUAAUGAAUAGAGUGCAACAAGGAAGUGCUGCUUUGCAAGAAAUUUACUUUGGACCCCAAAGAAGGGCUCUUUAGGGGUAGUACACUCAUAUGUGCAGCAGUACCACCAUCAUUUCAAGCUUAGCUUGAUGGUAAAAAAACCUCAUUUUUGAGCUUUCAACCACAAGCUUUGUUUCAAUCCUUUUUUUGUCCUUUUUUUGCCUUGUAAAUAUGUUGUCUUUACAUUUUUCAUAUAGUAGAGUAAACUUUAAAUCAAGAAAAAAAACCACCAUCCAAGGACUAGUUCAUGAUGUUUUAAUAAACUUGCUACUUAUUU